AUGGUUGCGCCUGCUGCGAAGCGAAUUAAAACGCUUUCGGUUAUACGUCCCAUUAUCUAUGGCAAUACGGCUAAGAAGAUGGGGCCUUACAGGCCCCCAAAUGCGCCGAGUGAGCAUACCCACAUGUGGACUAUAUUUGUCAGAGAUCCUCGAGGCGAAGAUGUAUCAUAUUUUAUUAAGAAAGUGGUAUUUAAACUGCAUGAGACUUAUCCUAAUCCAGUUCGUGUCAUAGAAGCGCCACCUUUUGAGUUAACGGAGACAGGCUGGGGUGAAUUUGAAAUUAAUGUUAAAAUUCACUUUGUAGAGGAAGCAAAUGAGAAAAUGUUGAAUUUCUAUCAUCACUUGAGACUUCAUCCAUACUUUACAGAGGAGCAAGAUAAGCAAGGAGAGUUAUCUCAAGAUGAAGUCAGUUCUAUAUACUAUGAUGAGAUUGUGUUCAAUGAACCCAACGAGGCGUUCUUUGCUAAGAUGAUCGAAAAACCAGGUAAUUUACUUCCGUCUAAUAAAACUAGAGACUGUGUAUUCUCAAGACAACUGGAGCAGGAGGAGCGAGAUAGGAUUAAAAUAGGUAUUGAGAAAGUUGAUAAAGAAAUAGAAGAACUAAAGCAGAAGUUACAAUCUGAUUUAUACAAGCCAUAG